AUGUUAUCACUGAAAAAUGUGUAUUUUUUCCAAGCUGGAAUUGGAAUCUUAGCAAAUGCCUUCUUACUAGCUUUCCACAUCUUCAGAACGCAACAUGUAUCUAGACCUAGACCAACAGACAUGACGACUUGUCAGCUCGCUUUUGUCCACAUAAUUAAGCUACUUACCUCACUAGAUAUUUUAUCUGUAGACAUGUUCACAUCAUUGAAUUUUCCAAAUGAAUUAAAAUGUAAGCUUUUGUUCUACCUGAGUAGGGUGAUGAGGGGUCUCUCCAUCUCCAUCACCUGUCUCCUGAGCAUCAUCCAUGUCAUCACUAUCAGUCCCAGCUCCUUCUGCUUUUCAAGAUUUAAACAGAAACUCACAAAACAUGUUACCAUUGCUUUCUUCUGUCUUUGGUCCCUCAACCUAUCUUUCCAUAGCAAUAUGAUCAUCUAUACUGUAGCUCAUUCAAACAGGACUAAUCUACUCAUUGUCAGUAAACACUGCUCACUCACCGCAAUGGAUUCCAUUAUCAUGACACUAUUUUUCAUGCUCGCGUUUUCUCAGAGUGCCUUCUCUGUAGGAAUGAUGUUGCUCUGCAGCAUGUACAUGGUGAUUUUCUUAUGUAGCCAUCAGAGGAAGUCUGAGUACCUUCACAACAUGAGCAUUUCCCCAAGAAUCUCCCCAGCAAAAAGGGCCACCUGUACUGUCCUAUUGCUUGUGAGUGUCUUUGUGAUCAUGUACUGUGUGGAUAUCAUCAUCUCAUCCUUCUCAGCUGCAUUGUGGAAAUAUGAGCCAGCUGUACUGGAUAUCCAGAGUCUUGUGGGAAAUAUCUACGCCACCGUCAGUCCUUUAUUGUUUAUUAUUUCUGACAAAAGAAUAAUUGGUAUUCUGAUUUCUCACUCCAUAGCAUUUAUACUGUGA